AUGAGUAGACUGACGUUGCGCAAGUUCUCGCGCUGCUCCCACCUCCGCGAAAGCACAUCCCGCUGUAAUGAGGUAGUCUAUUCCUCAAAUCCAAACCCUUUCCUGUCAAAAUCACAACCUCCUUCACGCCCUGUACACCGCCAAAUUUGCGCCUCUGCUCCGUAUAGAGAGCCUGAAACGCCAGUAUCUGAUACUACUCGGCUCGCUGCCGCCGUAGAUCGCCUCGCACUCCUUUUUGUGCGGCGCGCUCAGCGGAAGCGGCUGCAGCUCCAGCAACGGUGUCAGGGUGUGAACUUCUCGGGAAAGAUAAUGUAUUGGAACGAGAUCGGGAGGCGCGUCUCCGCGUGCAACCCGGGUCCAGAUGACAGGGAUGCAAUAGCACAAAUUCGCUCCUCGACCAUUAUCUGGAACAUCCCCACUCCACCGUCAAUCUUCUCAUCCCACCUGAAGUCCGGCGUGAUAGACGAAUCGAUCCUCAACAGGGACCGUAUAAUCUGCUGUAGACUGCGGGGCGUCCGCCAUGUCUGCAACGAGCAACCGUACCCGCUCCCACCCACCGUCCACGCUUCACGCGUAUCAAACUCGUGCUUGCUUCAGACACAGCUGCAUUUGGGGCGCAGCGCAGCGAUUGACCCCUUUGCGUUGAUGACGGCUCGCGACGAGAUUGCACGAAGAAAAAAGAGCGGACCGCUGUCCGACAUCUUCGCUGCUAGGGCCCCAAUAAGUACUGGUCCUCAGUCGUCAAGGAAGAAGGGUGGUACCUCCCGCGGUACGGCCACUCAGCCAUUAGAGCUCGCAACUUGUCAGCUCGAACAUGCGAGCUUGCUGCAUCAGCUCCGAGAACAUCGCGGCGAGUUUCAACGGACUGGGUUAGGCAUCGGGAAAAUGUCGGGGAGCCUUGCGUUUGUGUCAACUUUCCAGCGGAGAUGGAUAGUUUAUGAGAACAAGCUGGCUGAUGCCGAGGACGGCGACGACGACGAGAUAGAGGAAGCGAGAGACAUGAGAGGGGUGGAUGGGGCGGGAGGCGACGGAGACGUAGGGAAAUCGCGCGGGGGGUACAGCCACUCCCCAUUUGGGAAAGUCGGGGCGCCAAGUGUGCGCUACGCGCCACCGGCUCUCCAAAUGUGGGGGACAAGCCGCCGGCUCUCCCAAAUGGGAAGUGGCUGUACCCCCCGCGCGAUUUCCUACACAGUCAUUGGGUGGGCCAUCCUAUUCCUGCUUUCUGACCACCACCAUCCCGCCCACCCUACGUCUCCGUCGCCAGUAUGUAGACGCCGAUCGCCAUCGCAGCAACAAUGCUGGUCCGUCGUCGGGCUCAUCUGCGACGUCUACCAAGGGCGUGUGCACGCAGCCGUCGCCUCCCCUAUCAAGCUUCGAUGGCCACCAGCAAGCAUCCUUCCAGUCUAUUCUCUCCUCAUCUAUGGGAGCCUAUGCCUGAGGAUUCUAUACAUACGUUACCUAGCGAUCAUGACAUUCACUCGGUCUCAAGAUACACCAGAUCAAUGGAGUCCGUAUGACGCUUUGACGUGGGCGCCAUGCAAUGAUGGAGUCAUCACCUCUCCUAUUGCCGACUAUAUUCUUCCAUACCGCCCAGAACGCGCAGACCUCGUCGCGCGUGCUGAUGGUCGCUUUGGGCUCCACGAUCCAUUCCAUGUUCCAUACGAAUUACAAUCCCCGGCAAUGCUGGAUCAUUGCCUAUCCCAUCAAAGACGCGCCGUUCUGUGGUACACCCUGAACAUCCAUGAUGUCGACUUCUCCCCUUCUAGCGGCCGCUCUGGCAUUGUGAAGCCGGAGACCGAACCGUUCAUAAAGGGUGCCGACCCGCGCAACGCCGACUACAGGGAGGCGGACAGACCUUCUCUCAUCGCCGGCCGUGCAUGGGUCGCGGACGCGCUGGAUCGCGUCAAGUCUCAUGGAUUGGGCUAUCUACGCUCCCCUGAUUUCGCUCCCAGCGAUCUGAAGCUAGACGGCGUCAUUAUCCGGGCCAGCACCAAGUACAUGGGGGCGCUCUGCACAAAUUCCACGUGUGCGUCCACGCUUUACCGCUUCGGUGGGCAUGUUUGGAUCCCCCGGAAUCGAAACGAUAUCUUUCCGUCUAUCAAGAGCUUGACGAUGAUCUCCCUCAAACAAUACCCCCAUCUUGCGAUCGAACACUCGAAGGUUGACAAUGUGGCUACUCGAUAUCCCGCAGUAGUGAGGAACUGGCCCAUGGGACCAGAGCACGCAUAUAUGGCUCGGUACGGGAACGGGAAUACGGCCGAGAAGUCAGAGGUCGUUUUCGGUGACCCGGCUACCUCGACGAGGAUGAAUGCGGCUUACAACCCAAAGCCCAGCGUCGCUUCGCAUCAGCGCAAACCAUACGCCGAUCGCCAUCGCAGCAACAAUGCUGGGCGUGUGCACGCAGCCGUCGCCGCUCGGGACCGGGUGACACAGCCGCAUCCACUUCGGCUACCACAUCGGCGACCACAUCGGCUCCUCGGCGCUCGUCCCGGAUCGCCCGUUCGCCUUCCGCACACGCCCACACCACCGCGUACUACGACGACGACGAACGAAGACGACGAUGAAGACAUGGAGAAGGCCCUGGAAGAGGCUAUGGCCGACGCCAACACCGAUCCCGGCGACGCCAAGGGCAAGGGACGCGAGGAGGAGCUCAUCGAAUACACGGUCGACGAGGACUCGGACAAGGACGACGGCAAGGGCAAAAAGAAGGCCACGCCAAUCGCCGCCUGA